UUCACGAAAUUUGAAAUAUCUCUUCCUCUCGGACCAAAUGCAUGUUUUUGAGACAGAUGUUGAACUGAAUGACAUCGAUUUAGCAGAAGAUAGCAAGCAAACUAUUUAAUUACAAACAUAAGACGGUAGGUGCUUUUGAUGUAUUGGAAAUACGAAAUUCGUCCAUACGACCUAGCUAGUUAGAUGCAUUGUAUUGUGUGUGGUGCCAGCUAACGCGUUAGCUAGAUUGCUGCUAGCUACAUUUUUAAACUGCCACAAAUACAUUACCAACUGAAGUAAGGAUUGGGCUAAAGUUAGCUAGCUAACCAACCAUGUAAAUUAAUCCUGACAUGUUAGCUAGUUAUGCCCAUAAUACAUGCUAGUCUGUCAAAGCUAGCUAACGUUAGUUCAUGUUAAGAGUAACGUAGCUUUAUUAGCUACAGAAGCUAGCUAAAAGCUAACGUUAUAUCACACUGUUUUUCAUACGUUUUCAAUUUUCUAAUUUCCCUAUGAAGGACGACUAGCCUUAACCUACUACGACAUCUGCCCUGUGGACCCUAGCGACCUGUCCUUGCUUGUCCCAUGAGGAGUAUGGAUUCCCAUGCCAACAGUGGUAGCUCAGCUUUCUUAUCCUUAUUUUUUGUUAACUAUGUAAUUUAUACCAUUGAUAGUCACAUUGUCAACUAUUUAACGUUAUAGUCCAUGAGCUAGACCCCCAAAUUUGGGCCGUCGGGCUCACUUGGGUUGACGACGUCGUAUAUGAUUGUGACAACUAUGGACAUAACUAGACCUUCACGAAAAUCACUGAGACAUCUUCACCCAAAGUGAGCCCGAACAACCACCAUGGCUCAUGUACUAUUAGUAGGGAGACAAAAACACUGUCCUUCCUAUCAAAGGAUUUAAUUGUUUGUUGCAUUGUUUGUUUUAAUUUCCUUGUUCCUUUUCCCCAAGAUUUUUUCUCAUUGGCUGAAGAGAAGUUUGAUUUUGACGUUUCACUGUCACCUGCGAGGUUGGUGUCAUAGAUAUCUUUGAUUUCCAUUUAUUUGUAUUUGGUUUGCAUGUAUUUCUCUCUUGAAUGCAUUGCCAUUGAACUCAAAAUCAGUUGUCUGUGUAUUUGAUACUACCAUUGUCUAUACAUUUUACAUGGGAAAUUUUCCUUCACUUACAUAUGAAAAAUAACAUUUGUAAAAUCAAUCCCCCUUGUUUAAAGCUCAAGAGGAGAUGAAGACGAUGACGAGGUCUUUGUGGGUCCUGUCUGUCACAAGGAGAGGUGUAUUUCCGUCGGUCUGGAGACCAUUGUCAAGGAAAGCGUCAGCAGUUGGCCUUCAGUGGGUGAGAGGACCAGCUGGAGUCCUUUGGCUGAGGACAAGUUUGAGGAAAUCUGCAAGGAAGCCCACCUACUAGCCAGUCAACUAGUAGUCAACCAGCAGCACCCUGAUGUAGGGGAAACCAAUGGUACACUCACAGUGAGUAAAGAGGAAUCGAAAGAGGACUUUGUGCAGGAUGCUGGGGCCAAACUGGGCAUGUUCAGAAAGCCAGUUGACGCUGUGCUCAGCCCUAUCAAAAGGGAGACCUUCUGUGUCCAGGACAGUCCAUUGAAGCAGCUCCCUCCUGCUAUUCAGCAGCGGCUAUUAAGGGCUGGUGGAGUUUCUAACUCCAAUAAGAGCAGUGCUGGCACUUCCAGCCCUGUGAGAGCGGGGACUAUGACUCAGCCCAAGAUGGUGCGCCGAGGCAGGGUGGGGCUGGCCUGCAACACCGGAGUGCUCCCUAGAAAACAACAACCAGCAGCCCGAGGAGCGACCGCGACGACAGCCCUGCAUACAGCCAAGACUAAACCAGCGCCUGCCGAGAGGACCACCAUGCUGCCUCCUCCAAGCAAAGUAUGGGCACUAGGGAUCUUAGAAGAUAUCUAGCCACAUAGCCUCGAUCAUUCGGUAUGGUCUAAGGUCAAAUCAAUACUGGAGAAAGUUUUCUCAACUCAUGUAGUCUGUUUCUUUCAGGGUAACUUGGGGCUGAGGCGUAGCCCGGGUAGUCGUACCUCCAGCAGAGCAGCCUCCUGUGAGGACAUUCUCUCUGACACGGCCAGCGUGUCCUCCGACAUCAGUGACACCUCCCUCAACUCCAGUCUGCAGGGGAAGAGGACCCUCGUACCCCCUAGCAAGGUAACCCAGAGGAUUUUGGUGAUAUAAUCAGAAAUGUACAUUUAUGCCGGAUUCUUCAUUCAUAUAAGUAUGAGAUUCAGAUCAGAUGAUAAAAGAUGUGAAUACCCUCUGAUAAAAUGGCAGGUGUUGAAACAUGAAUGUCCUUGUCCUAUUCAGAGUGGGAUGCGGGCUCUGUCAGUGCUCAAAGCCCCCCCUCCUCAGACCAGGAGAGUGACUGACCAUAGGAGAAAUACAUCGUCCUCCUCUUCCUCUGUGUCCAGCUUCAACUCCAGUCUCUCUGUGUCACCCACAGGGAAAGGUGAGGCCUGUGUAGCGCUUCACAAGCCCUGUCUCCUUUACAGUGUAUUUUCAAGGUGCUUUCUACAGUUCAACCAUUUCAAAGAUGUGAUGUGUAUGGAAAGUGCAAUACAAAUAUCUGAACUGUCUCUGAUUUUAGGUAAACUUAACAUGUCCCUCAACUCCAGCAUCAGUGGCCCUAAUGGCCGCCUGCCCACUGGCAAGAACCGACUCACCAAUCCUGGUGUGAGUGCCACCAAGACCCGCAGGUCUACCGUCAUCGGCCGAGCUCCGGAGCCGCCCUCUUCCACCACAGGGGCACGCCGCUCCAUCUCAGCCCAGGGAAGGAAGCCCUCUGAGCCAGACCGGUCUAAAACUGUUCAGUCCACCCCUUUGAAGAGAGCUGAACUGGCGGCCAAAGCCACCCCCCUGCACCAGACUCCAGCCAAGACUAACAUGGAGAGAAUGUCGUCUGUGCCCAACAUCCCCACCUCGUCUUCAGCGAACAUGGAGAGCGUCGUCAGCGGCAACCCCAAACUCAAGAUGUUCAUUGCUCCAACCCCCACUAGUCAGUUCAAGAGGAGGUUGGAAGGUGAGGACUGGUCAACUGUUGGCCAACAAUGAGCAGCUACUACUGAUCACUGUCUUACUUCAUGUUUCUAAAAUGGAAAGGCUCAGAAUUGUUUGCUCUCAAAAAUGUAAACUUAUUCAAUUUCUGUCUUCCCUACAAAGCGGUUUCAUCCCCUGAUGCCCCUCGCAUCAUGAAGCCAAAGAGAUUGAUGUCUGCUUGCAGUGUGGAAAGGUACUGUAACUAUAAUAAUAUGCCAUUUAGCAGACGCUUUUAUCCAAAGAGACUUACAGUCAUGUGCGCAUACAUUUUUACGUAUGGGUGGUCCCGGGGAUCGAACCCACUACCCUGGCGUUACAAGCGCCAUGCUCUACCAAUUGAGCUACAGAGGACCAGCCAUACGUAAAAUGUAAACAUUUUCUCUAAGCAUCUGGAGUGGGAAAUUGGUAUUCUAAUAAUAUUCAAUGGUGUACAAAGAUGUGUUAGUCAUCCUAAUCCAUAACAUUAGCAUUGUAUAUGCCCCCCCCCUUUCUAUCCAACAGUCUCCCCCACAAUCUAGCACUUCCAGUUCCAGAGCUGCUCCAGACACCCCCUGCUGGGGGGAACAAGGCAGUGCAACCCAAGAUGAGACGCCCCUCUGCCCUGCCCACCCCUGUGAACCGGAGGAUCUCUGGUAUCCCCAUGCUUACCCCGAAGAGCAUGUCACGGCCAGGCAGGCCCUCCCUGAGCAUGGCCAACCUGACAGCCUCUACCCAGAGGGCCAGCUACUGGAGGUGAGAAAGCAGCUGCCACACUAGGACUACCACACUGGACUCUAUCUAAAGGGGCCAAGAUAAUAGUCUUUCCAUAAGUGACAUACUGAACCAGUGUUAGGGUAAGGUGUUGUGAUGUAAUAUAAAUAGGCUUAUUAGAAGCUAGUUUGUGAUAACCAUGGCUUUUUUCCCCCCUCCAGUCCAACCCAGGUGAAGGGGAGCCACCAAGAGGAGGUGGCAGCAGCCCCAGAAGAGGAGACCGUCCAGCCCUUUUCCCUGGAAGACGAGCCAGAGGUGCAGCCCUCCACCCCCGCUACAGUCCCACAUCCAGAGGAGCAGGAGGUAAGUCAAGAUGUCCCAGAACCAGGAGUGGACCAGGAGCCUCCUACGACUAACAAGGAAAACAACCACCCUGAGCUGAAUGAAGAAUCCAAGGAGCUCCAGAACACUGAAAAGCUUGUGGAUCAGCCUCAAUGCUAUUGGAUGAAGACACAGGAAGUUAAUGAGGUAAUGUCUUGAUAUGUGGAAGCUUGCAUAACUUCUUAUUUGUCUUUGGUUGAAUGACGUUUGUAUGUUCUGGUUUGUUUCUUGUCCAAUAGGUUUUGCUGGUGGAUGCCCCGGCUCCUGUGUUGAGGCCAUAUGAGAAACUCCUAAUUGACCUCUCCAACACUCCUGUCCUGAUGAGAACAGCCACUGUCAAGCCAUCUGGUGGUCAGGUGAGAGAAUGCACUCCUUACAUAAUUAUUUGUAUUAAUUGUACCUUUUAUUUAACUAGGCAAGUCAGUUAAGAACAAAUUCUUAUUUACAAUGAUGGCCUACACCGGCCAAACCCGGACGACGCUGGGCCAAUUGUGCGCCGCCCUAUGGGACUCCCAAUCACGGCCGGUUGUGAUACAGCCUGGAAUCGAACCAGGGGGUCUGUAGUGACGCCUCAAGCACUGAGAUGCAGUGCCUUAGACCGCUGAGAUGCAGUGCCUUAGACCGCUGAGAUGCAGUGCCUUAGACCGCUGCGCCACUCGGGAGUCAUUAUGAUGACUGAUUAUUGAGAAAUGCAGUGCCAUGAUACCCAGUUGACUCAUAAUAUCAAGUAUGUUGUCAGGAUUCAUAUGACCACACUGAUUACCAGUAAUUGUAUGUAUAUUUUUUUCCACUUACAGUUGAUUGACCUGAGCUCUCCCCUGAUCAAAUGGAGUCCGGAACACAAGGACAGUGCCUUAAACAAUGCACCCCUGAUCAACUUAUCCUUUUGAUCAAUAAUAUCGCAAUAGAGCUAGAUUCCAGCAUUUCCUCUAUGUAUAUUGAUUCCAAUAGCCUUCCUGCUGAAGGUUGUGCCUGUACCACACACUAGUGACAUUUAUAAUGAUAAAACUAGCUGUUGAUGAUCAAGGAUUUUAGACAAGAAAAUAAGAUUGUGUUUUAAGUCAAGACUGUUAGUAUACAUGCUAUGUAAGUCACCAAUCUGAUUUCUUUUUAAGAAUGGUACUGUACCUUAUUAUUUUUGUUUGUUACUGUCUUGCAGCUCUAUGUGGUUCUUUUAAAUCUCUAAUAAAUGUUCUUAAUUUAA